UGGAAUAUUUUAAAGAAUAGGCUGAAGAGCUUAAGAAAGCUUAUGAUACUAUGGAUGAAAAAGACCCUGUUCUUGUCUAAAUCUUAGCCUUGAUUGGAGCUGGCUAUGCUGGAUACAGACUCCUCCAGGAUAUCAGAGGGAUGCUCAGAUAAACAGUCAGACCGUCUUAUGACCUCAAGAAAAGAUAUGGCUCAAACUGGUGUGUCGUCACAGGAGCUACUGACGGAAUCGGUAAAGGAUUCGCAUUUGAACUUGCCAGAAGAGGCAUGAAAGUUGUUUUGGUAGCUAGGAACGAAGAGAAGCUUCAAGCUGUAGCAAAAGAGAUUAAGGAGACUUAUGAAGGAGCGGAGACAAAGACUAUUGUGUUUGAUUUUAAUCAAAAUUACACGAGUGAAGUUAUCAAAGAACUAACAGAAAAAUUUGAUGAAAUAGAGAAUCGCAGAGGCAAAAAUUUUCGAGAGAUGAAUGAUACAAAGAUAUAUAAUAUGAUUAACAUCAAUGUAACUGCAACUGCAGUGAUAACCAAGAUCUUUAUCCCAAAAUUAUUAGCUAAUGAGACUAGGGCUGGAAUGGUUAUUGUUAGAGGAUAUCUUUGUAACUUCCCUUGCCCCACUAUGUCUGUUUACAGCGCAACUAAAGCUUAUGUUACUCAGUUUUCUCCAUCUAAAAGAGAAGAAUACAAACAUAAGAUUGAUGUCCUACUCAUAAACACGGGAUCAGUGAAAAACAAUAUGAACAUUGAAAGACAACUUUGCACAAUUAUUCCUUCACAAUAUGCUAAAACUGUUCUUGACAAACUAGGGUAUGAUUCAUGGACUUCAGGCCAUUAUAUGCAUGCUAUUCGCCAAUGCUACCUCCACAAGCCAAUAGAAGAAGACACCAGCAAUGCUUCAGAGAAAGAGAACCAACAGAAACGAUUAAAAAGUUAAAAGCAUCAGCAAAACCCAAAUCCCAACCCCAAAUCCCCU